GUCCGAACCAAUUUCUAUUUUCAUUUCAUUAAUUAACCGUGACUUCGCUGCAUCUUUCCUCUCCAAAGCCACAUCACCACCGGCAACCACCAUUUCGCAGAUCUCCGACACGGCAUCCACAUCUCUCACCGUCAUCUACAUCCUUUAUUACCUAUUUUCACACUGAAGUGUAAACUCGAAGUGCUGGAUCCAUAUAAGAAGAGUAUAUCUAUUAAAUCUCCACUAUGAGGAGAGCUGGACUUCACAGGCAGCAUGGAAGGCACGGCGGAGGUUCAGGAUUCAAAGGAAUGAUUGCGAAGUUGUCGAUUGCUGCUGCGGUGCUUUUGAUCGGUACGCUCUCAUUGUUCUAUUCGUCAACCCGAACCACAAACGUUCAAUCCAAUUAUCGCUCAGAGAUCCGUUUAGAAGAACUUUGGAGCAAUGCUGAUUCCGGUGGCUGGCGACCGUCGUCUACCCCGCGCUCUCAUUGGCCCCCUCCUCCGAGUAAGAGUAAUGGCUAUUUGCGUGUUCGAUGUAACGGUGGACUUAAUCAGCAGCGUACUGCAAUCUCCAAUGCCGUUCUUGCUGCGCGAAUCAUGAAUGCUACACUAGUGCUGCCUGAGUUGGAUGCAAACUCCUUUUGGCAUGAUGAAAGUGGUUUCCAAGGUAUCUAUGAUGUUCAGCACUUCAUCAUGACACUGAGGUUUGACGUAAAGAUUGUAGAAAGCAUUCCAGAAAAUGAGAAAAAUGGAAAAAAGAAGAAAAUAAAAGCAUUUCAGCUCCGCCCCCCUAGAGAUGCUCCUAUAAGUUGGUAUACUACUGACGCUCUCAAGAAAAUGAAGGAACACGGGGCCAUCUAUCUUACUCCCUUUUCCCACCGCUUAGCCGAAGAAAUUGACAAUCCUGAGUACCAAAGAUUGAGGUGUAGAGUUAACUAUCAUGCUUUAAGAUUCAAGCCACAUAUUAUGAAGCUAAGUCAAUCAAUAGUUGAUAAACUACGUGCACAAGGACCCUUCAUGUCAAUACAUCUUCGGUUUGAGAUGGAUAUGUUGGCAUUUGCUGGAUGCUUUGAUAUAUUUACACCUGCGGAGCAAAAGAUUCUGAAGAAGUAUCGAGAAGAAAAUUUUGCUCCUAAAAAACUUGUCUAUAAUGAAAGAAGAGCCAUUGGAAAAUGCCCACUGACUCCUGAGGAGGUUGGUCUUAUUUUGCGUGCAUUGGGUUUUGACAAUUCUACCAGGAUAUAUCUAGCGGCUGGUGAAUUGUUUGGUGGGGAUCGAUUUAUGAAUCCAUUUCGAAGUUUGUUCCCAAGACUUGAGAAUCAUUCUUCUGUAGAUCACUCUGAAGAGCUUGUUGAGAACACUAGGGGAUUGGCAGGUUCUGCUGUGGAUUACAUGGUCUGCCUUCUUUCUGACAUUUUCAUGCCAACCUAUGAUGGCCCAAGCAACUUUGCAAACAACCUCCUAGGGCAUCGCCUUUACUAUGGCUUCCGGACUACAAUCAGACCUGAUAGAAAAGCUCUUGCCCCCAUCUUCAUUGAUAGGGAGAACGGACGCGUGUCUGGUUUUGAAGAAGCUGUUAGGAAAAUCAUGCUAAAAACAAACUUUGGUGAACCUCACAAGCGUGUUUCUCCGGAGUCUUUCUAUACUAAUUCUUGGCCUGAAUGCUUCUGCCAAACAUCAGCUAAGAACCCAGCAGACAAUUGCCCACCAAAUGAUGUUUUAAGUACUCUGAAUAGCGAAUUGGAAAAAUCAGCUACAGACACAAACUCAACAAUAUCUUGAACACAAAUAAUGGGGCUACUUGUGGCUUUGAGCAGGUGGUUCUUUUAUUCCGCAGUAGUGAACUACUAUGGGCCAAAUUGAAAAGGAACGAGCAUCUAUUACUGGAUCCAGCUUUUCAGGUGAUAUUUUUUGCCUCGAAUUAUUGUUUCUACUGAGGGAAUGAUUCAGUUAGAUAACAAGAAUUCAAGAAGCUGAUUUGUAUAUUUCCCUUAUUUAAUUUUGUGUAGACAAUAGAAGGAAGAUAACACGGAUUGGGUAGAGAGCCGGUGAAAGGCACUUCUAAUGUGACUGGUGUUAUAUUGCGUAGAUUGUGGAUGAGAAAGGCACUUCUACUUACCUAGUGAAAGUUGACAUUUCUGGCAUAUAUACAUGUUAUAAAUGUUAGAUAUUUGAAGUGCAGAUAAGUAACUGUUGAGUUAAAUAUAUUAUAUAUGUCCUUUUAAAAAAGUGUUAAAUAUAUGUUUUUUUUUUAUUUAA